AUGGCGACAUUAGCGCGCGGGACUGGACGCGCCCAUGACGCAGGGAAGUCCUCCAUCCCAAUGCGAUGCCGGGCUGCGUGGGUCGGUCCUCGGCGGCGCAGCACUCGGGAACAAGACAAGAACAAGGGCAGGAACUGGAACAACCAGCAGAACUGGAAGCGCACGGUGUCCCGGGUCCGCCGUCGACCGCCCAUUCGUAAUUGGGGUGCGAGUGUCAACUCCGCGAGCUUGAGCGGCGACUCGACAAGUGAGCGGCCUCGCGCGCCCUGGGACUGCCCUGGGAUGAUCGUGAUCGCUUCCAAGCAGCAGCUCGCAGCCUCCAUGAGAGUCGGAGCCCCUCGCGCGUCCUCAUGCAUCGCUCCACUUCGCUGCGCGUACGUCGCAUCGCCAGCCGCGCCCGGCCCUGGACGAGCCCAAGCUGCAGACCCUCAGGCCUCAUCCAGCACCAGCAGUCUUCCAGCUGGGACAACGCGGGACCAGCCCGUCAAGGACCGCAAGGACGCGCGUCCGCAAGCAAAGCAGACCGUGCGCACGCAGGGGGGCGUCCUCAGGCGUUCUCCCGCGAUUCUCCCGCGCGCGCGGCGUCUAGAAAAGUCGGCGGGCCUCGUGCCCCGCGCAGCCUCCAUGAGAGUCGGACUCCCCGUCCCAUCCCCUCAAUCGACCGGCCGGCAGGCCACUCAAUCGCAUCGCAUCGCAUCGCAUCGCAUCGCGGCGCGGCGCCAGAGGGCCGCUACUUAUCGCAUCCUACCGUAUUCUAUUCUAUAUAUCAGCACCGUCGAAUGGACCCUCGAACGAAGCGUCGACCGGAGCUCUCGGCGCGUGCGGUCUCGGUCUCAGUCUCAGGCUCUCCCUCCCUCCCUCCUUCCCCCCGCGUCGGUCGGAGAAAUGUUGCAUCGCGCGCACGUGCACGCGCUCCGUGCCAGGCAGGCAGAGGCAGGCAGAAGCAGGCGUGCGCGCGUGCGUGCGUGCGCGUCUCUCGAUCCGGCAGAGAAGUCGCAGGAGGUCGCAGGAUGCACGCCUUUGGCCCGCGGCGGAGCCACACCAGGCGCACAAGCCUCCCGCGAGGCGCCGGCGGCGCGGAUCCUGCGCGCGCUCUCUUCUCUCCACACCGGCGCCUCGUCGAGCGGCGUCCUCCGAAAGGCGCCCUCUGGAGCGAGAGCUCCUCCGGGGACACACGCGCGCGCACGCACACGCACGCACGCACGCACGCACGCACGCGAGCACGAGGAACCACCGCGCGCGCGGGCGAGGCGUAUUGCAGUACUAGUGCUUUGGGCGUGCGCCCGAGUGAGCGGCGGGGACUCGGGGCUCGGGGCUCGGGGCUCGGGGCGCGGGGCUCGGGGCGCAGGGCUUAGCGGCGCGCGCCAUCGUGCAACGCGUCGCCCAACACGGGCGCAGAGGGCUGAUGAGUUGGAGGCUGGCAGUUGGCAGCGCGAGGUCGGGGUUCCGCUACUAAAAGGCAAACGCGCUGCGGCUCGUACAAUGCACGCACGCACGCACGCACGCACGCCAGACGAUGACAUGGCGCCAUCGCCCGCGCCCGUCGCCGCGAUGCCCGCGAUGCCCGACCCGUCCUUAUGCUGUCCCGCCGUUCCCAGCCCCACCUCGCCCGCCAUCUCCGCCCCGCCCCGCCCCGCCCCCUCCUACCCCGCCUCCGCCUCUGCCGCCGCCGAAAAAUACGGCGCACGCGGCGCGCGCGGCGGCGAGGCGAACGCUGUCGCGUCCCGUGCAAUUUCAUCGAGCUUCCACGUGAUGGCCGCUGGCCAGCUGCCGACGCGCUGCGCCCCACCGUUCGUGCGCCGUCUGCGCCGCGGUCCUCCGCUGGGCUCCGUGCAUUGGCGCAUGUUCCCGCCGCUCAUGGCCAAUGAUCAUACAGUGGAGCGUUCCGCUUACCCGCCCCAACAGAUCCGGCGGGCGCUGGUCCAUGGCGCAGUUGCGGUGCUGCCGAUUGCGACAGAUCAUGAUGCAUCGUGCGCUAAGCUUCGCCACGACUGUGAAGAGAAGACGAAUAUGGCGCCUUUGCCUGGUGUGCCCCCCGAUAUCGCCCUCAUACAAGGCCCUCUGGUUCGUCGCAGCUGCCGUCUCGAGAUUCCGUUGACGCCGACUGCGGGCCAUCCCAUCCUGUCUGGCAUUCAGCUUUUGGGGUAUCUGUUCGGAUAUGGCCUGUUUGGGGUCUUGGUCGUGCAGAUGUAUUUCUAUCAUCUGAACUUCCCCAAGGACGACCGGUGGAUAAAGAUCUUCGUGUGGGUCGUGUUUUCGGCCGAGAUCCUGUCGUCUGUGUUCAGCACUAUCGCGGCAUGGCAAGGCCUCGCUGCGGGAUGGGGCGACCUCGACUCCCUUGCCGCACCGACCUGGUCGUUCACGGCACUUCCUCCGAUCUGCGGGUUCAUAUCGUCGUGCGUCCAGCUUUUCUUCUGCUGGAGGAUAUCGGUAUUGGGAAACGGUCGGGUCCUGCCCGUGUUCAUCGCCGUCAUAUCCAUCCUCUCGUGGGCGAUGGCGUUCUAUUGCGGCAUCAAGGCAAGCUCGCCAGUUGCCAAAAUCAACGAGUUCGAUCCCGAGGUCACGGCAAGUUGUAGGAGCGAUUUAUCGGUACCGUCGCUCAUUGGCGUGCAGGUGGGGCUUACCGGCAGCGCCGUCUGCGACGUGAUGAUCGCCGUCGUCAUGGUCCGAUUCCUCAUUCGCGCGAGCUCCUCGGCGCACUGGACGGAGACGAAGGACAUGCUCCACAAGAUGACCAAGCUCACGGUCCAGACGGGCACGGCCACCGCGCUCGGGGCGACCGUCGAGCUCGUCUUCUUCUGGGCCUUCCACCACAACAACGUCCACUUUGUCCUUCCUCCGUCCGGCCGAAUCGCUGAUCGCGCGCGCGUCCGCGUCCGCGCGGCGUUGGGUCCUCGGCGCGCCGUGUUUGAUAGAUUCUUGGUGCUCGCGAAGCUGUACUCGAACACGAUCCUGGCCACGCUCAACGCGCGCGCGGCGUUCAAGAGCGACUCGUGGGUCUCGAGCAGCUCCGCUUCAGCGCCGAGCGACGCGCUAUGGGCAGACUCGCGCGCGUCGCUCGCCUUCGCUCCGGGCUGGUCCGCCACCGCCACCGCCACCGCCACCGCCACGACGACGACGCCGACGCACGGUACGACGCACGAAAGCGGGUCCGCCAUGCAAAUGGUCGCGCUACCGCGGCCACUGGAGACGGCGCCGAUCGAGGGCGGGGAGAUUCGCGGCUCGCGGGAGCGGGAGCGGGGUGACGGUGUCGAGUGA